AUGCCACCACCACCCACUCCUCAGUACUACAAAAAACGCAAGCGCAUCUCCCUCUCCUGCUUCGACUGUCGGCGUCGGAAGCUGAAAUGCGACCGCGAGUUCCCUGCCUGCGGCCGAUGUCGUCGCGCCGGGCAGGCGGAGACGUGCUAUUACGAUGAUGCGCCUGCGCGGCCCUCGCCGGUGAAUCGGUUUGUUACGCCGGUGAGGCUAGCGUCGGUCGAAGCGACGCCAAAUCUGGGCGCGUGGCAGCUCCUCGGCCAUGCUUCGUCGGCGACGGGGGUGAAUGAGCAGUUACCGCUGAUCCGGACGGACGUGCGCAAGGAGUUGCAGAGUUCGGGGCAGAUGAUGCCGGGCGAGCCGGAGACGAACAUCUUCCGGGGAAAGAAUUUCAUGACGCAGUAUUACGGGAGUAGUAAUCCGAUUAGUCUCAUUUCGCAUUUACCCGAGCUGCGCUCAUUCAUGAAAGAGACGAUCAUGCAGCGGACGUCGCUGGCGACGCUGCAGCGCGAUCUGAAGGCGUUGCAGGUCAAAUGGAAAGCCUCUCGGACGGAACUCUUACCGAAGAGUGAGGCGGAGCUGUUCUGUCUCCUGCCGGACCAGGAGACGGUCGAUGCGCAUGUCGGUCUCUACUGGAAGACGUUCGAGACGGUGUAUCACGUUCUGCACUAUCCGAGCUUCUCGAAGGAGUAUGACGCCUUCCGACAGGAUCACCGCGCCGCGAAGCCGGCGUUCGUGGUGCUGUUGCUGCUGAUCAUGGCGUCGGUGAGUUGUAUCGCGCACCGCGACCAGUGGAAGUAUAUUGGGGAGACGUCGGUGGAUCGUGAGCGGGCGACGCUGUGGGUCGAGGCGGCGGAGGGGUGGCUUUCGACCCAGAGCCAGAAGAAUGUGUACCUGGCGAUCUGGCAGAUACGGUGUUUGUUGGUCGUGGCGAAGCAGGUCAAUUCGGUGAAGAAGAAACGGGUCUGGACGGUCGCGGGGAAUCUGGUCAGAGAGGCCAUCUCGGCGGGGUUUCAUCGCGAUCCGAGUUUGCUGGGGGAAAGGGUGUCGCUGUUUGAUCAGGAGAUGAGACGCAGGUUGUGGGCGACGAUCAUUGAGUUGGAUCUGCAGGCGUCGAUUGAUCGUGGGAUGCCCUCCGCGAUGGCCUGCAUGACGUCUGAUGCGACCCCGCUGCGCAAUGUCGAUGAUGAGGAUCUCGUCGUGGAUGAUAUGUCGAUCCCGGCCUGCAAGCCCUGGACAGAGUUUACCAAGUCCUCGUUUCUGCAUGUUUCAGCGGCCACUUUCGCGUUGAGGACGGCGCUGAACUGUAAGGUCAAUGAUUUGGGGUCGCGUUCCACGUACGAAGAGGUCUUGGACGCGGAGGAGAAAAUCACCGCUGAGCUGAAGAGACUUCCCAACUGGAAUGAAGUCCAAGGGGCGUCGUUGGCGAGGUCUCUGCUGGAACUCCAGCUCCGGCACUUCCUGAUGAUGCUGCAUGCCCCGUUCGCACGCCAGAGCGACACCAACCCGCGCUACUCGCUGUCCAGGAUGGUCUGCUUCAACGCCGCCUUCACCAUCAUCGAGAAGCACCACAGGCUGACCAAAUCCGGCAACCAUCUGCUUCUGCUCCUGCGACACGACUACUUCCGAGCUGCCCUGGUCGUCUGCCACAAUAUGUACAUCGCAGCCCAUCUCCAGAACAACAUCCUCCUCGGCUCCAACAGCACUACCAUCCUGCAAUACAUCGAAACAUCCCUCGACCUGAUCUCCGACCGAAUCACCCGCCAUGGCACCGGAUACACCAACUACUGGUACAUCUCCGCCGCGUACGCCUUCCUCCAAUGCGUGCUGUAUCCAACCGGCCAGACGGCGCGCAAGGAGGAGGCCAUCGAUCGCAUUAUUCGUCAGUAUCAUCGCAUUCUCGCCAGUCAGGAGGAUUUGCACAAGGCGAAGGAGAUUUUGUUUCCGAUGCGGUUGGAUCAGAUUGCCCCUCCGGGAGAUGGUAUGUUGCAGACGGGUCACGGAGGGUUUAUGGCGCAGGAGGAGAAUAUGGCACAGGAUCCGUUUGAGCGGCCGGAUCUGUCGUUGAGUGAGUUCUAUUUUGGGAAUCCGUCGGCGUGGAUCUUUGAUAAUAUGUGGGAGAUGGAGUAGGGGCUGUAGGGUUGCUGUGCGAGUGCGUUGGGGAGUUGGAUACGGUGCUGUUGGUAUAUAUUGGUCUAAUGGUGGGUGAGGAGACUCGAAUCUAGCGCAUUUGGGAGCAUGGUGGGCGGAAUAAGUUG